GGCAGUGAAGGUUUGACUGGCUCAAAGCUUGCGAGACAGCGUGUGUAAAUAAAGCGAUGUGAUUCUAUUGGCUGGGCAGAGUGCCAGACAGAGAACGAGACUGCUAGAGCGAUAGCCCUGAAGGUUUCAUUGCAAGAAGUGCACCCUGACUGGAUCAACGAGUCUGGAUACGGACAGCUCCUCCGAAAGCGUUAGCAUGUGCAUUUGAGUAUUUGAGUGUGUUUGGUGCCAGGGCGACACCACAACCUUAAGAAAGACAAGAAGAUGGACCGUGUUCCCAUGCUUGCUCUGCACGUCCAGACACAAAAAUGUAUGUAUGAAUGUUUAUCUUUGUCACAAGUGCUCAAGGCAUCGGAGAUCUGUUUACGUCUGUUCACACAGUCCUCUCUCCCAGCCUGCUCCUGCAGAACAUCAGGACGUCUCUGUGAAUUGUUUUUUUAAACGAAUUGAGCUCUGCUUUUCCAGGCUUGGAUUUGCUUAGAGGGGAGGACUUGGAUCUUCAAUUUCUGCAUGAUUAACAGACCCCAUGCCCUGCACAUGUCAAGAGCGAUUGAUACUUGCGCUCCAUUUUUAAAACUUUCAUUUGUUUUUGGAGGGAGCCUUUGUCUUGACGGUUCUGCACUAGUGGACUUAAGCUUUGUUGAAUUGUUCUUUUGUCUAAAUUUAGGGUUCUUCUCACGGUGAGAAAACCCUCAGCCCCCUGCUCUGACCCCUCUGUCCCCCCCGCUUUUUAUUCCGGACGAAUCCCCUCCUUCCAUCUCCCCCAAAGGAGUCUUAUCGUCCCCUUUCCCCCUGUACUCCCACGCACCUCCUUGUCUUCACAGAGCAUGUGCGCCUCUUUCUGCACGUGAAGACAGGAUUAAGAGCAUGGAAGGUAAUGCAUCGCACACAGAUACGGAACCAAGAAGAGGACCCAGAAGCAUUCUUAGGGGAUUCUAAGACACCUUUGAUCGUGUGUAACGCUGCAUGUGCUUUUCUGCAUGUGCCUUGUCGAAAGAAGAGUUAUAGUGCCAUGUCCGAAGCGUGAUCUUAUUGGUAAUAUCACAGGGUGGGCAGGGUUGGUGGUGCGCUGAGCUCAUCAUGAAAAAAACACGCAGCACCACUCUCCAGAGGGCCUGGCCCAGUUCAGAGUUUUCUGACCGGGCUUCCGAGCGCAAUCGGUCACGGAGCGAGAAGGACUACAGGCUACAUAAACACUACCCUAAACAUUUCUUCUCUUACGCCCCCAGAGGAUUCCUGAUAACAGGUGAUGUUUCUCCUAUCAGUAUGUCUCCCAUCAGCCAAUCCCAGUUCAUCCCGCUGGGAGAAAUCCUGUGCCUGGCCAUUUCUGCCAUGAACUCCGCCCGUAAGACUGUCACACAAGACACUCUCAUCGAGCAUCUAGCAACAUGCUUUCCAGGCGUCCCCACUCCGAGUAUGGAGAUUCUUCGGCACACGCUCAACAUGCUGGUCCGAGAGCGGAAGAUCUACCCCACCCCGGAGGGUUAUUUCAUUGUCACCCAGCAGACAUACUUCAUCACGCCCUCCCUCAUUAGGACUAACAGCAAGUGGUACCACCUGGACGAGAGGAUACCGGAGCGCAUGCAACAACAACCGUGUGCCUCCCCUCAUUCAGGGACCAUGACACCCUCCACAUCCGGAUGCGUCCGGGAGAGAUCUCACCACAAGAACCACAGCGACUCCUACAACAACACCUACCGGGAGGACGUGCCCAGCACACAUACCUCAACCUUACAGAAAAGGUCUAAGGAGCACAAAGAGCAUUCUCCUGUGUCCCCGCCCCCUCAACAGUCAUCAGAGAAAAGUAAAAGUACACUUAGUUUUCCAUUUAAAACAGAGACGAACAGUAAAAGCAAAGAUGGAAGCAGCAGCAGUGGGGAGAAGCAGUCCAAGAAAUUUGGACUGAAGCUCUUUAGGCUAAGUUUUAAGAAGGACAAGACAAAACAUCUAGCUACAUUCUCCGCUCAGUUCCCACCAGAGGAGUGGCCACUGCGCGACGAGGAGACACCCACUACGGUUCCAAGAGAAGUUGAGAUGGAGAUUAUACGUCGGAUAAACCCGGAUCUAACGGUGGAAAACCUGGCUCGCCACACGGCCGUGAUGAAGCGGCUAGAGGAGGAGAAGGCGCAACGGAACAAAGCGAACUCCUCUGCCCAGCACAGCGCCCGCAACAAACGAAGUCGCAGUCAUCGCAAGACCCAGCAGGGCAAGGCCUCACGUUCCCAUAGUAAAACACGGGCGUCCAGGGGGGACCCUUCUGAAGGAUCUAAUCUGGACAUAACCUAUGACAGGGAUUACAAAUUCUAUAGUUCUUCAUUGGUACGUUCUCCGCGUGAAACCAUGAUGUCCAUGGAGCGGAACAGGGGAAAGUAUAUGGUACACAGCAACCCCAAUAUCGUGGAGUCUCAUUUUACCACGGCUCCAGAAUGGGAUGUUUCUGGGGAACUGGCAAAGCGGAGGACAGAGAUGCCAUUCCCUGAACCCUCAAGGGCACAGUCAAAUUCGAAGGUACAUCGAAGUCAUAGUCACACGCAAGAAAGAAAAUCAAGAAACGAGAGGUCGGACAAGGCCAAAGAGAGGUCACGCUCCAUGGACAACUCCAAGGGACCGCUCGGUGGUCCGUUCUUAGGUGAUCCAGAAGACUUUGAGUGUAGUCCUGAUGACAGAAGUCGAUAUUACACCGAUGACGGUACUUUAAGGGCAUCCGCACAGUCGACCCACUACUCUCGUAUUAUGCUCUCUGCUGCUAGAUUGCACUCUGAUGUUUGUGUGCCUGAUGUUGGAAGAGGAACCUCAGAGGAUGCCGUGCUUUACAGGACGCUGGAGAAGAGUAAAAGCAGGGACAGUCUUCCCGCUUACAACGACCUGAAGUCUUGCUCUCCUAAAAUGUCCAUGGAUGAUUAUUUCCAGUGCACUGCAGCGAAUGAAGUUUCUCUCUCUGCCCCAUCUUCUCUCGUUAAACCCAGCCAUGACUUUAUAGACAGCGUCUGGAAGGGAAUCUCCACGGACCGAACUACUCCUCACCUAGCCCCGCCCCACCCUAUGGAAUAUAAAGAGGAAACCGCAAUAGGGCAAAGUAGUAUUCCCAUAGCGAUCACGAGCCAGACUCCCGAGCCGAUCCCCAACGGACGAUUAUCGCACCAACACAAUCCAGACUCUGGUGACUUGGACAACAUGCCUGAGGUUUACGGCCAGGAAACUUUGUUCAAACCCCCAGACUAUGUGGAGAACAGCUUUUCAAGGCCAGGUACGAUAGGUAGGUCUUCUCACACGAAGUCCGCAGAGGCGCUGGAGACUCAAGAGCAUUUCGAGCAACCUCUUCCACUGACCGUGCCACCUUCCUCUGGUCAAGAUCAGGCUUCGUGUGCAGAAAACACUUUUGACUACUACAACGUAUCGGACGACGAAUCUGAGGAGACUAGUCAUAAGAAUAGGGUGCAAGAGAAGGUUCGAGAAGAGGGGGGAACCAUGCAAUGGCUGUUGGAGCGAGAAAAGGAGAGGGACCUGCAACGCAAAUUCGAAAAGAACCUCACCUUUUUAAACCCCAAGCAAGGUGAGGGUAACAACAGCCAAAAAUCGGUUCACUCUACCCGUUUGGACAGUAUGGACUCCAGCAGUGUAACUGUGGAUAGUGGAUUUAAUUCGCCACGCACACGGGAAAGUCUCGCUUCAAACACUUCAAGUAAUGUGGAAAAUAGCAGACGCCAGAAUAUGGCUUUGAGUCCGGGACAUAUCGGCACCAAAAGACCCCCACCGCCCUACCAGCCCCCCAGCUUCCGUACCAUUCGCGAGCCGCCCGCCAGUCGCACCGAGAAACAGGCCUCCAUCACCAGCGUGUAGUGACGGGGACCUGCAGGGGGCGACACCCGUUAACCUGUUCUUUACUGGGACUGUUACAAUCUGACUGACAGGACAUUUCGAGUUAGUGUGAAGAUUAUUUCAGCUGUAAAACAGAAAGUGUUUGGAAACAGUUUGUCAUGAUUCACUGGGGGUAUCUUGUAGGUUUUUUGUAACAAAUACUGCUGCAUACAUACGAGUCAUUUCAUUAGGACAACAUUUGAGGUUAUCAUGUUUGGGAUCAAAUCCUUAAUUUAACACAUUUGUAGGUGUCCUUUAUAGCUUAAUGUAUCCACUACGGGUCGUAUUGGUCUUCUGAUUCAGACUAGCUGCGUUGCCUCUGCCUAUUCGUUCAUUACCGCCGAGCUUCAUUCUGUAUUCUCAGGUCCUUCUGAAUUUUACUAACCUAACUAACUGGAGGUUCAUAUUCGAUGGCCACAAUAAUCUCUGUUAGAGGAAAAUCUGAACAAACUAUAUAGGCCUCCUCUUCUGUUUUCGAUCAUUUUAUCCUUGUGUACUGUCGGCUGUUGUAGGAUAUCUCUGUAUUUAAAACUCAAUAAAACACCGCCAUGGCAUUAUUCCUUCAAAAGUACCCAUUUAAAUACUAUUGGUGCUUUAUCAUUGAAUGGCCGUUAUUUAAAAGAUCCAUUUUUUAUUUUCCAUUUUAACCAGGUGCUCUCUAAUACAGAACAAGACACACAUUGCUACCUCCACAAUUUGUACAGUCGCAUAGAGGAAGACAAGUGAUUUCCAUCCCGCAUCUCAGAUCUCUGCUUGCAAACUGUGAAUGUACUGCUACUGCUUUUCAGUCACAUCUAGAUCAUUUAUAAUCUUGGUCAUGUCAAAGCGUUAGUAAGAUACUGUUCUCAUUGUAGAGAGACUUUGUAAUCGUAUAGGACCCGUGUAGAAUGGCAUAUCUCUAGCCAUGUUCAAUUAUUUAUGUAUUAUUUAUUAUUUCAAUUAUAUUUUUACAGUUCUUUUAUUUUAAUAGCAAUUCAUGAAAACCACUAGAACAAUAUAUUACUGAUUUUUGACACAUGGGACAAAACAUGUUUUACAGUUUCAUCUACCAAUAGUAUAAAAAUAGCAUUUAAUAAGAGAUGCUAUAGGAGGAUCGUAACAUAAUAUAACAUGUACAAUUACAUUUUUACCUUGUUUUUAUUUGUAUUAUGUUAAAAUAAUGACAUUACACUCAAAAAAAUGCUGGGAUAUUUUAAACCCAGCGUUUGGUCAGAAAGGGACAAACCUAACCGUUGGGUUAAAUCAGGGGUGUUAAACAUACAGGCCCGCAUGAUGAUUUAUAAUUAAAUAUUAAAUACAUAUAUUUAAAACUGUUUCAUGCAGGACGUGUCUAGUUUAAAAAGGCGACAUGCAAAACGCGGAGAGUUUCACAGAUGGUCGUAGACGGACCUCAAUUAAGCACACUAAUGGUGCGUUCACACCAGAUGCGAAAGAAGCGUUAAGCUUGAGUAAUUUACAUGUUAAGUCAAUGCAAAGAUGCGAUUAGACAUCCUGUGGCGUGAUACAUGCGAAAGACGGGUUUCGUGAAUGAAUCGCAUUAACUCAAAAUGUUCAAGCAUCCAUCUACAUGCGAAUAGUGUGAUUUUUUGCAUCUGGUGUGAACGCACACUUAAGGUACAUUCACGUUAUAAGCGACUAGCAGUAGUAGCAGAGCGACGCCAUCUCAUUGAUUUCAAUGGAAGCUCAGUGACAUGAGCGACAAUGACCGUUGACGGCUGGAUGGGCGUGUCCAGUCGCGCAACAAAGUUCAGAAAUGUUUAACUUUAUGCAAAUUAUUAGCGACAUUCGGGAGUGACUAUCAAUGAGAACGAAGCACGGGAGUUCACGUCAUCCGUCUCGCGUCAGUUACUGGGGUGGACGUUACUCAUUUUAUGACAACCAGAGAUAGAAACGCCUCUUUUGAAAGAGACGAGCGACACACAGCGACAAAGUCGCUUAUAAUGUGAAUGUACAUUAAGGCUGCAUCCGAAAUCGCAUACUGUGACAGAUAAAAAUAGUAGGUACUAUAUAGUAUGAAUAUGGAAGUAAGAUAAAUUACGUGACAUACGUCAUCAUAACAAGUUAAAACAAGCGCAAUUCAACCACAAGGGACAGCUGUUUAACUCUUUCACCGCCAUUGACGAGAUAUCUCAUCAAUUAAGAGAAAACGCUUCCCCGCCAAUGACGAGAUUUUCCGUCUUUCCGCAAUACCGCUAUUAUCCACCAGGUGGCGCCCUUCCGCAACUUUUUAAACCCGGAAGUAUUGCCCUAUGGCAAGCGGCUGCAUGUCCGUGUCUGUAUUAAACAUCGCUCUGAAUGGGAUCUCUAUGAAAAGUCUGUCACAAAAAUGGAAUUAUCUCUGCUUUUUGCUCAAAAUGUGGUGUUUUUACAGAAACCUACCCAUAUUCAAAAGCUGAUUACAAAAGAACCACUGAAGGUAGGAUGAAAGGUUUUUUUUUUUUGAAAGCAGAGGGUCUGUUCUUUCAUUUGGUAUAUUGUAUGUUUAUAUAUUUAAAGAAGGACAUUUUCUGGAAGGAUUAAACUUUGGUGAAAAGCAUGAAAAACGCUGGCGCUGGCUGGCAACUUUUUUUAAAAACGCUGGCGGUGAAAGAGUUAAUAUAUGUAUUUGCAUUUGAAUAGAGGCGCGUUACCGCUUUCAGGCAUUUUUUAAUAAAAUGCCUCUCUGUCAUCUUGUUCAUUGGAUAACUCCUCUCCAUCGAAUGAACACUUCGGUAUCUUGCCGGAAGUAGUAGGUCAUCCGGGACAUACUACUCACCACGCCUACUGCUUUUCGGCUAGUAUAUAGUAUGGAAGUAGGUGGUUUCAGACGCAGGCAAUGGUUUAAAAAGUAAUCCGGCCCUCACAUGGUGACGUUAUUUUCCAUCCAGCCCUCAACCUAAUAUAAAUUUGACACCCCUGGGUUAAAUUAACCCUAAAAUAUUUACAUUUAAUGGGUAUGUAAUGGGUUAAAACAACCCAGCAUAGGUUAAAUUACAACCCAACGGGCAGGGUUCAUCCCUUUUUGAAGUAGAAUGAACUAAGAUUACCAAAGAUUAAUAAAAGCUGAUAAAACGAUAUGGUUAGUUCAUGUUAUCAAAUGCUUUUACAGUCGUUAACAAGUACAACCUUAUUGUAAAGUGUUACCAAACUUUAAGGGAAGGAAGGUUUCCCGGGGUUUAUCUUAAUUCAGGACUAGGCCUGAGAUAUAUUAAGACAUUUACAAAUAUACCUUACAAAAAAACAAUACUGGUGUUCAUCUUGAAACAAAACAAUGCCACUGAUAAGAUAUGUUAAUAUAAGUCGUUUAUAAAUUAAGGUAGCUCAAACAUGCAUUUUAGUCUGGAACUAAGAUAAGCCCUGUCCGGGAAACUGCCCCUUAGUGUUAAAAUGAUAUCUCCAAUUAAUAAAAAUAAAAAAUGCCAAGUAUUUGACGAGACAGUGCCUGCGUUUUAGUAUCUUACAAAACUGACCAGUUGAACAUUAAACACAUUAAAUAAACAUACACUGUUUAUUUCUCUCUACAUAAACAAAUAUUUUCAGCUUGUUUUGUCCCAGUAGUCAACAAUCGGUUCUUUAUACAUUUUUGGUAAGUUUUCAAUUAUAAAUGAAUCGGUCUAAAACAUUUUGUGAAAUGAGGUUUAACUGUACCAUUUAGUAAACAUCUGUCACAAUGUAUCUCUGAGCAGAAGUUCAGUCAUAUAAACUCCAGAUCGGAUUCUUGGACAGUAAAAUGUCACGUUACUAAAUAAACACAUAAACUACAGGCAGGAUUACCUUGUGAUACCAUUUUUGCACUAAUGCCUGUUCUCUGGUGACUGUAAAAGUAAAAAAGGAAGAAAACAUCCGAACGGAUGUGCUGUGAAUAAUGAACAUAUUUCAUACGAAAUACUGAUAGUCCAUGAAAUGUCUUCCCUGAACAUGAUGGAUUUCUUAUGGUUCUCAAUAACAUUGUUCCUUAUUGUGACAUUACGUCAUUCUGUAAGAGAUGGCUAUCUGUCAAGCUGAGUAUAAAAACCUACAAGGGGAAUUUUUUUGGUAAAGUCUAUAAUAUUUCAGAGGUUCCCCAGUUGUGUAGUUGUGCUGUUAAAUGUUUUAGUGUACUAAAUUCAUUCCUUAGGGAUUGUGUAACUUUUUAAGACAAUAAAAUAACAUGUUUAAAUUAAUUAUAUCU